AUCUACUGUGUAUUNGCGUCCCCGCAAGACGCCGCUGUUUUACCUCCCGCCUCCGAGUUAAAGGACACGAAGGCUUCGAGACCUUCCUCCCCUCCCAAUACCUCGAAAACGCCGAUCGGCACCGCGUCCCCGCAAGACGCCGCUGUUUUACCUCCCGCCUCCGAGUUAAAGGACACGAAGGCUUCUUUCUCGUCGGGCUCCGACAGAGAAUCGAUGUCGCCGGAUGCUGAAGGCGGACCUAGUCCAAAUCCGACACCGGUUGCUAAUGUUUCAGCCGGCCGCUCGGAGGGCUCGAGACGGAAGGGAGGAUUGACGGCGAAUCUGGCGAACCCGGAAGUUCUGGACUGUCUUCACUGCCGCAGACCUCUUUUCCCCCGCUUCCCCUUAUUUCAGUGUAGCAAGGGGCAUAUAUUAUGUUCAGAAUGCCGCGUAAAAUACAAUAAUAAAUGCACAAUCUGCCACUGUAAGAUGGGAAUCCAUUGCAGAGGUCUCGAGAAGGUUCUGGAAUCUCUCACCUUCCCGUGUGACAACUCAUCCUCUGGCUGCAGAAAGUUGUUCUCUAGCCAUCGCGAUAAGCUGGAUCACGAGGGGAAUUGCAAGUUCAUCACGUAUUAUUGCCCUUACACCAGCUGCAAAUUCUCUGGCCUGUACAAGUGCUUCUCCAGGCACGUGACUCGGGCACAUCCGAAUUGGGCCACACAGUUUGAUCUUGGCUCGGUCACCAAAAUUGACGGCAAUCACAGCACGACUGUUGUCCUCCAGGAAAGGACCCACAAUACACUUUUUGUGUGCACCCGCUCAGUAGACCCCUUGUGUGGAACUGAAGUCGAUGUGGUAUGUAUGGGUCCCUCGUCUGCUAAGGGUGCCCCAUUCUCGUGCGAUCUCACGGCAAAGGUUUUACCCCGAUUCUCGUCUGAUAAGGACACACCCACGUUGGUGAACAUGAAGAUGGGUGUGGAGUGCGUGCAGGAAAGGACGGACGAUUCCUGCCAGGGGAAGUAUCUUGUACUUCCAGCCAAGUUGAUGGACGAUCAGAGGAGAAGGCUCGAGCUGGAACUUAUCAUAAGGGGGAGCCAAGCUUAGUGGGGUGUGCUUUUGGUUUUUUCAAGCUCUAGUGUUUUUCUUGGCCACGCCUGUUAUUUGGAUAUUUUGCAACCUGUGAUUGUGUUUAACUGUAUUGUGUUCUCUUUGACGUAUUUAUGUGGCUUUGUUGUGUUUUUCAUGCUUGUCGUUGAGAGUAAAAUGCUGAUAAAAGUUGUCGUAGAUUGUUUGCUAUUCUUAGUUUCAGCUAGGCAGGGGAGCACUAAAGUCACUCUAGGGCCGAGUGGGCGGUUCGUUCUCUUUUGGCUUGGCCACCUCGGAGAUAGAGUCUAUGUAUGGCAAAAGAAUUGAUAUGUGCUCUGUGUGCACGAGCAUGUUGCUGCCCCAAGGUUGUUAUUGUGGGACCCGCAUCAGGGGGUGGGGGUCCAUUCUCAAUGCAAGGGUUGUGGGUGGGGUGGAUUGCGUUUGUGCAGGAGUUGACGGACGGACGAACAGACUUCCCCAGUUCCCAAUCCCGUCGUGUCCAAUAUAUGCACCCAACACACUGUAUAGGGAACCAAGUUAUCCAAAGGUUAAAAUAUUUGAUUGUUUUAUAAACAAAACAUUGUUUAAUAAUAAUUUCUUCACAGGAAAAAGAGAGUAACUGAACAAAAUGGAAUGGUUCAAAUUUUGAGCAAUUAAUAGACUUAUGAUGCACUUUUCAUAUCGACCGUUCGAGCAUUCUUCUCACACUCUAGGCUGUUGGCGGAUUUUAUGUGAACUUGGACUAUCUCUGUAAAACCUGCAGACCGCUAGUAAUUGUCGGUAGUCUUUUUUCUGCUGGAGUUCAAUCAACUAUCGGUGUUGACAUGGUGCCCGCCG